AUGCCGAAGGGGCCGCGGCAGCGCCCGGCGGAGCGGUACCGCCUGAAGUACAGCCGGCUGCGGCGGGCGGCGCGGGCGCUGGUGUUCGAGAACGGGGCCCUCUGCGACGAGGUGGCCCGGCUGGAGGCCAAGUGCCUACGGGCACGGGAUGAGCGCCGCUUCCUCCUCACCCGGCUCCUCCAACUCCGGGCGAUGGCUGGCCCCGAGGAGGUCCCUGGUGAGGUCACCGGCCGCCGGCCUCGCCGCGGCGGGUCCCGGGCCGACGGGUCAAGAGAUGGAGGGAAAGAUGGGGCGCGGUCAACCGGAGCGAGAGAUGUGUCAAGAGACGGGUCGAGGCCAGCUGGGUCAAGAGAUGGACCAAGGGAUGGGGCACGGUCAACUGGGUCAAGAGAUGGACCAAGAGAUGAGUCACGGCCAGCUGGGCCAAGAGAUGGACCAAGAGAUGAGUCAAGAUCAGCUGGCUCAAGGGAUGGGUCAAGGCCAGUUGGGUCAAGAGAUGAGUCAAGGCCAACUGGCUCAAGGCCAGUUGGGUCAAGAGAUGGGGCAAGGCCAGCCGGCUCAAGAGAUGGACAAAGAGAUGGUCCAGGAGACGGGUCAAGGUCCAAUGGGCUGAGAGAUGGGCAGAGAGACGGUUCAAGGACAACGGGGCCAAGAGAUGGCCCAAGAGAUGAGUCAAGAGAUGGGUUGAGGCCAGCGGGGCCGCGGGAUGGCCCAAGAGACGACUUGAGGCCAAACGGUCCAAGAGGUGGCCCCAAGUUGGACAUGCCGCCAGUGGCCAUCUUGAGACCACCUGAGGACACCUCCAGCCCAGCUGGGCCACCGGCAGUCAUCUUGAGGCCACCCCCCCGCCGGCGCAGCGGGGCGUUGACCCUGCCCUUGGCGUUGGGGCCUCUGACAGUGCACAGCCUGGGUGUUGGUGGUGUGGGGCCGGGGGCCAUCUUGCCCCUGGGCUUCCAUAGCACCCGCCUCUUCACCAGCACCCGCCGGCCGGCCCGCCGCUGCCUAUACACCUGCCGGAUCGUGGCCGGCCCCCGCUGCGAGAUUGUGUCCGAGGAUGAGCCUGGGAGGGUGCUGGUGGGCCCCACACCCAACGUCUGCCAUGGCCGGCUCCUCCAGGCCCUCGGGGAGGCUGGGGUGCGGCCCCGGGCGAUGCCACCGGCCCCUGGCGCUGGUGCUGACUUCUUUGGCCUCACCCACCCCGCUGUCCGCCGGCUCCUCCAGGGUGAGGCCGGGGCCUUCCUCCACCCCGAGGAGGAGGAGGAAGAAGAGGAGGAGGAGGAGGAUGAUGACGAUGACGACGAGGAUGAUGACGAGGAGGACGAGGAAGAAGGGGCCGCCCCAGCCUUCGCCUACGCCGACGUCUUCCUCGGCAGCCCUGCCGGCUCCGACGAAUGACCCCCACUCCGUC